AUGGCGACCUGGAGCCGAGUGCGAGUUGCCAAAUGCCAGAUGCUGGCCACCGGCCUCUUGGUCUUGCUACUGAGCCUGUGUGUGGCCACUAUGACUGCCCUCGCCCACUUUGGGGCCCACUUUACGGUCUUGAGCCGUGUGUCCCUGGAGAGAAACCCCUCCGAGGCCGUGCACCGCUGGGCCUUCUCCGUGGGGGUCAGUCUGACCGGGAUCCUGAGCCUGGGGGCCACACUCUGCAUUACAGCCACCGUGAGGGGGGCCAAGGGCCUCAUGGCAGGGGGCUUCCUGUGCUUCGCCCUGGCGUUCUGCAUCCUGGUGCAGGUGGUCCUGUGGAGGUUCUGCAACCCUACCCAGGUGGAGGACGCUGUGCUGGACACGUACGACCUGGUGUAUGAGCAGGUGGUGAGGGGCCUGUCCAAAUCCAGGUGGCAGGAGCUGACCGUUAUCCAGGACGUGUUCCAGUGCUGCGGGAAACAGUCUCCUUUCAGUCGGCUGGGCGAGGUGGAGGCAGGGCUGUGUCCAGGGGCGCUGGCCAGGAGAAAGGACUGCCUGCAGGAGGUCCGGAGCUUCCUGAAGACUCACACAGACAUCGCUUCUGCCCUGACUGGCCUUGGACUCGCCCUCACGGUGCCCGCCAUGCUGCUCAGUGCUUUCCUGUGGGCGGCCAUCUGCUCUGGCAGAAGCUUGGACCACCAUGGCACAUACACACUGACCACCCGACAGGGGCCAGGGACAGAACACGGGGCAGGCGGCCCCAGGAGCCCGGCUUCUUCAGGUACACUCACAGCGGCCCCCCAGCCCCGCACUCCUCAGAAGCACAGACUCUGGAUGACCGCCUGCACACAGGAGGAUGCACACACAGCCCUGCGCAGUGCCACUGUCACUGAGGUGCUGCGCCCAGACCCCCGGCCCUGA